AUGAAGUUCAAUCCUCGUGUCUCGAGCAAGCCCGGCAAGGUACGCAAGGCGCUUUAUACCGCCACCGUCCACCAGAAGUAUAAGAUGAUGAGCAGCAGACUCACGAAGGAGGCCCAGAAGGAAACCGGUAUUAAGGUACUCCCGAUCCACAAGGGCGACGAAGUGGUCGUCAUGCGUGGCAAGCACCGCUCUCUUACCGGCAAGGUCACUGAAGUGUCCCGCCGCAAAAUGCGUGUGUGCAUCGAGAACAUUGACCGCGAAAACUCCAAGCAGCAGAAGAAGCCCAUCUUCUUCCCCCCCUGCGCCCUCCGGAUAACCAAGCCUUUUGUCACUGAGACCCGUCAGGCCGUCCUCGACCGCAGACACCACUAG